CAACCUUUGACAAACGCCGCUAAAGGUAAGUGAAGGGCGGCGGUGAUCCCGAGAACAAAGAAGUGUGGAGACGGAGAAACAAAUGAAGCGAGCCUGGGACUCCUACCAUCGUAUGCGUUGGUUGGAAAUGGAGUCGCCAUUCAAGGGCGAUAUACUGAGAGGGAAAGUGGCAGUGGUGAGCGGUGGCGGGUCGGGCAUUGGCUAUGAGAUAUCUGCACAGCUGGGGAAGCAUGGAGCCUCCGUCGCCGUCAUGGGCCGACGGCGACACGUUCUGGACGCCGCCGUCUCGGCUCUCCGAUCUCAGGGCAUCCAGGCUAUUGGGCUCCAAGGAGAUGUCCGCAAACAAGACGAUGCAGUUAGAAUCCUGGAAUGUGCCUUUAAGAAAUUUGGCAGGAUUGACAUUCUCGUGAACGCUGCAGCUGGAAAUUUUCUUGUUCCAGCUGAGAAUUUGUCCCCUAAUGGCUUUCGAACAGUGAUAGACAUUGAUUCAGUUGGAACUUUUAUCAUGUGCCGCGAAGCGCUUAAGUAUCUUAAGAAAGGAGGACAGGGGCGGGACAAUCCGUCUACCGGUGGGCUAAUCAUAAACAUAAGUGCUACUUUGCAUUACACAGCAACUUGGUAUCAAAUCCAUGCUUCUGCUGCAAAGGCAGCUGUUGAUAGCAUUACCAGGAGCUUAGCGUUGGAAUGGGGGGCCGAUUACAACAUUAGAGUAAAUGGGAUUGCGCCAGGACCCAUCGACGAUACUGCUGGAGCUAGUAAACUUGGGGCUGGGGAGAUAAUGACUAAAUCAAGGGAGAAUGUUCCUCUUUUCAAACUGGGUGAGAAAUGGGAUAUUGCUAUGGCUGCUCUCUAUCUAGCAUCUGAUGCAGGGAAAUUCAUCAAUGGAACAACACUGGUUGUUGAUGGCGGGAUAUGGCUCAGCAGUCCACGCCAGCUUUCAAAAGAGGCUGUGAGCCAACUUUCACGUGCAGUGGAACAGAGAUCCAAACAGACACCAAUCGGGAUUCCUAAGAGCAAGCUAUGAUCAAAGAUUAAACACGGAUUCCCCUCAAAACUGCUAGGAUUGAUAUGAACAUCUUCAAUCACAAAUUGUAGCAAGUUACCAUGGUUUGAGAUGAAAACCCUCCCUAAUCCCUACUUCAAUAAACAAAACCUGGGAAUAAGUGGACUGCAAUCAGCCUAGACACUUCUGUAAGAUCAUGCCAUGUAUGCUGCCUCUACCAUCACCACAACAAAAUACAUAAAAUCUAUUUUCUACCUUAAACAUUGUUGCUUGCUGCUCAUCA